GUGUAACGCCAACCAAGCUACAGUGUACAAGGUAACUCUACAGUGUACAAGCUGAUGCGAGGAUGCUGCUCACGCUGGACACAACGGCCGAAAUGCUGCUCUGGGGAUGUGCCGGCAGCGUCUUGGCGCUCGUGAUAAGUUUCUUGGGUUUAUCGGAAUGUCCCUUUUGCUUCCUUCACUUGCUGCUGGCGGGGUGGGCGCUCGCGGCCGCCGGCUGCCUCGCUCGCGCCGGCCUCAAGGUGCCAGUGUGCCGGAAAGCCGUCCUGGUGACAGGGUGCGACUCAGGUUUCGGGCACCAACUGGCACAGCAUCUCGACAGAAUUGGCUUCCGCGUUUUUGCUGGUUGCCUCCAUGCUAAUAGCCAAGGAGAAGGCGCAGAGAGGCUGAGGAAAUUAGGAUCCGCGAAAUUACAUGUAUUGCAGUUAGAUGUGACGAAACAAGAACAGUUGAAGGAUGCGAGGAAUCAAGUCCAGGCGCUAAUGCAAAAGGGAGAAGUGCUAUGGGGUCUUGUCAACAACGCAGGCAUUGGGUGUCUAGGCCUGACAGAGAUGCCAACCAUCGCAAGAUACAAGCAAACUGCAGACGUUAACAUUUUCGGGAUGGUGGCCUCCACUCAGACCUUUCUUCCCUUGAUCAAGCAGUCUAAAGAUAUCUUCACGCCUUACGUGGUCACCAAAUAUGCCGUGGAAGGAUUCAGUGAUUGUCUUAGAGUGGAGUUGAAACCGUGGCAAGUGAAGGUCAGCGUCAUUGAGCCGGGUAACUUCGCUAAAGCCACGGGCAUCGCGGGCGAGGAGCGCCUUCGCCGUCAGGAGGAGGACCUGUGGGGCGCCUUGGACGAGGAUCUCCGUCGAGAGCACCCUCGGCAGGAGCUCCGGGCUGUCACUCAAGCUCUCAGGGCGUUCAGAGAUGCGGGGCCUGACAGUAUGGCCCCAGUGCUUGAGGCCAUGACAGAUGCCCUGACGCAGAGAUUCCCAAGGGUACGUUACAUGCCCAUGGACUUACACACCUUCGUCAGGAUAUUUGUGGCCACGCAUUUCCCAGAGUGGCUCUACGAUCACCUCUACGUUUCUAAUUGUAGAGCCCGUCGAUAGAGCUGAGGGAGGGGCAGAGGCCACGGAUUAAAGAGGAAAGGGAGAGCCUGUAGAGGAACGAAUGUGCUGUUUAUACACACACACACACAUAUGUGUGUGUGUGUGUAUUUAUAACACACACACACACACAC